CCGAGCCGAGCCCGAGCCGAGCCCUGGCACGGUCCGUCCGCCUUCUGGCUCCCUGGGAGCCCCGACUGGCCAGAGCCCGAGAGGUGGCAGCGCGGGGAGCCCCACGCGCCGAAGGGAGCGGACCCGACGGGACGGGACUGGAAGAGGCGCUGCCGCCACAGUAGCCAGUACCGGGAGCCGGGAGCCCGGGCCUCCCGGACCCUACUGCCCAGGCCAGCUCAGGGAGAGCGGGGAGUACGAAAACCCCACCCUCUGGGACACCCCAGGAGCGGAGGUGGGAGCGGGGACGGGAGCAUCCCCCUCCCCCUGUUGGAGAGAAGAAGACCCCUACCACUGGGCGGGAGAAAGAAGAGACCCCUAUAUGGGACGCGUCUCUCCUUCCUAGAAGCGAGGAAAAUCCCCAUACUGGCCCAAGAGGAGAGCCCUAAAAGUAGAAACGGGUGAUCCUUCUUAAAGGAAGCAGAGUGAGACCAUCCCAGCGUGCCUUCACCCCUACAAACACACACUCUCAGCAGUUCAGGAGUUUUGAGGCAAAGAGAAAGAGGGAAAUGCCUAUGGAGUAGGCACCUUCCAUCCUAUCCAGUACUCACAGAGGAAAGGAGUCUUAACAUUCAGAAGCAGAGGACACUCCAGGGAAAGAAGAAGAAUCGGUUUCCAGCCAUUCAGGAGAAGGGAAGGCCUCCCCCGUCAUCCUCCUUGUACCUAGACAGUGGAACAGGGCAGAGCCCCUCCGUUCAGAUCUCCAGCAGACAGAAAUUGCCCUCCACCCGCGAAAGAUCCAGUUUGGGGGGGAGGGGGACUCCCCCAAGGGGGAGGAGACAACUCCUGGUUGGGAGAGGCUCCUCCCCUCCUCCCCAGUGUAACAGGGAAGGUGUGGGGGGUGUGCCACCUUCCCCAGGUAGGGCCUCCUUCUCCUCCUCCUCCUCCCCCUCCUCCUCCUGCCUCCGCUUCUCAUCCUUUGGGGACCCAGUUUCCCCCCCCAGCUUGGGAGGCUCAGCCAAGUACAGGAAGAGCCACUGAGGAUGAGACUCAUCAUCUGCCUCUGAAGAGGGGAACCCCUCCAACCCCAAACUCCAGUACCAAGUGGUUCCCUCCCUUUGCUGGGGGGACCUUGGAGACAGGCAAUUCUUGGGUUGCAACUGGGUCUCUUGCUGCCCAGACCCUGGGGCACUAAGGUGUUUCCUUCAACAUUGUGAAGUGGGUGUGUUACUGAACCCAGAAGUGCCAUGGCUUCUGACCUAGAGAGUAGCCUUACCUCCAUAGACUGGCUCCCCCAGCUGACCCUCCGAGCUACCAUUGAGAAGCUUGGGAGUGCCUCCCAGGCUGGGCCGCCAGGGGGCAGCCGCAAGUGCCCACCAGGCUCACCCACAGAUCCCAAUGCCACCCUGAGCAAAGACGAGGCAGCAGUCCACCAGGAUGGCAAACCACGAUACAGCUAUGCCACCCUCAUCACCUAUGCCAUCAACUCCUCUCCAGCCAAGAAGAUGACCCUCAGUGAGAUUUACCGCUGGAUUUGUGAUAACUUCCCCUAUUACAAGAAUGCUGGCAUUGGCUGGAAGAAUUCAAUUCGGCACAACCUUUCUCUCAACAAGUGUUUCCGGAAGGUGCCCAGACCUCGAGAUGACCCUGGGAAGGGCUCUUACUGGACAAUCGACACCUGCCCAGACAUCUCCCGAAAGAGAAGACAUCCUCCAGAUGAUGAUCUCUCCCAAGACUCACCAGAACAGGAGGCAAGCAAGAGCCCAAGGGGAGGCGUUCCGGGCGGUGGAGAAGUCUCACUGCCUCCCGAGGGGAAUCCUCAGAUGUCACUUCAGAGCCCCACAACUAUCGCCAGCUACAGCCAGGGCACAGGAUCUGUGGAUGGUGGAACAGUGGCAGUAGCGGCUCCAGGCCGAGAGAGUGCUGAGGGUCCCCCUCCCCUCUAUAACACCAACCAUGACUUCAAAUUCUCCUACUCAGAGAUCAACUUUCAGGAUCUAAGUUGGUCCUUCCGCAACCUCUACAAAUCAAUGCUGGAGAAGUCGUCUUCCUCCUCUCAGCAUGGCUUUUCAACUCUCCUGGGGGACAUGCCGCCCUCUAACAACUACUACAUAUACCAGCAACAGCAGCCACCACCUCAACAACAACAGCAGCAGCAGCAGCCAUCACAGCCAGCUCCUCAACAGUCACAGGCACAGCAGCCACCAGCCCAGGGCCCCUCAACUGUAGGGGGUGCUCCCCCACUGCAUACCCCAAGCCCAGAUGGUUGUACCCCACCAGGGGGGAAGCAAGCUGGAGCUGAAGGCUAUGGGCCUCCCCCGGUGAUGGCCAUGCACCCACCCCCACUGCAGCAUGGAGGCUACCACCCUCAUCAGCACCAUCCCCACUCCCACCCAGCCCAGCAGCCACCACCACCACAGCAACAGGCACAAGGCCAGGCUCCUAUCAACAGUGCUGGCUUUGCAUUUCCUCCUGACUGGUGCUCCAAUAUUGACUCCUUAAAAGAAAGCUUCAAGAUGGUGAAUCGGCUCAAUUGGUCCAGCAUUGAGCAGUCACAGUUCUCAGAACUGAUGGAGAGCCUGCGACAGGCAGAGCAGAAGAACUGGAGCCUCGACCAGCAUCAUAUUGCCAAUCUCUGUGACUCCCUCAACCACUUCCUUACCCAGACUGGUCACGUGCCCCCACAAGGAGGCCCCCAUCGGCCACCAGCCUCUGCCCGAAUUUCUGACUCCUGUGCCCUCACCAGUGGCAAACAGGAGUCAGCCAUGAACCAAGUGAACUCUUACGGGCACCCACAGGCCCCCCACCUCUACCCUGGCCCAUCACCGAUGUACCCAAUCCCCACCCAGGAGUCCGCAGGAUACAAUCGCCCAGCACACCAUAUGGUCCCUCGUCCACCGGUCCCACCUCCUGGUGCCAAUGAGGAGAUCCCUGAUGAAUUCGACUGGGACUUGAUCACUUAGUGCAUCAUAGAGUGCGGACAUCAGCCCAGGGCCGGGUGGUGAAGUCUGGCAGUGGGGAAAAAGCAGCCCCAGCCCAUCCCUUCCCCCUGCCUGUAUAUAGAUAUGUAUCCUCUUUUUUUUUCUUUCCGUGCCAGAGAAGCCACCGCAAGAUGCUGCCGAAGAUAACCCCUUUCCUGUCUCAUUCCUCUCCCUGCCUUCCUGUUCUUCCCUAAUUCUUUUAUUAUUAUUCUUAUUAUAUUAUUCUUCUUAUUAUUGGGUAUAUGCUGUCCCCAGUCUUCUGCCCCUACGCCAUGGACCAUGUCCACCCCUUGCUAAUUUAAAAUCACUAGGCUGGAAGGUGAGGCCAUAAUAGCUAUAGAGAAAGGUUACAAACCCUGAUACACCUUUCUCUUUCAGAACUUCAAUUCUAAUCCCACCUUUUGGUCCUAAGUUGUUUUCUCUUCAUAUCAGUUUUAGUCCAGGACUGGAGAGGCCACAUUUUCAAGUAGACAGAGUCUAAAACACUGCUUGAUAGUCAUGAAUUUGCAGGUUUUACUCAAUGGUGCUAAUUCUGUUCUCUGAGCUCUUCCUUGUCCCUUCGUACCUUCAGUCCUUACUUCUGACAGUCCUCAUUCCCCAGUGAUAGUGGUGGAGCAGGAUAGCAAUAAAAUCCUAGUGGAAUGAAAGGCCUAGGUUCGGUCCAGUAGAGUACUGUAGGAGGGUGAUGGAAUAUAAAUUGGUCUAAACUUGGGUAUAUACUGCCAUGUGAAAUAAGCUUUCAUUGGCCUAUUCCUAGCCCUUUUUUUUUUUUAAUGGGUUGUAGGGUUGUUUUGAGCCAGAACUCUGUUUCUGUGGUAGGAUAUGAGGACAACUAGUCAGCAUAGGUUUAGCAUCUUGGAGAUGGUUUCAACUUAAUCAUUUUGGCUUUUUAAAAGCAAUUCUCUCUUAAAAUGAACUGUGGCUCUUAUUUGCAUUUACAAACUGACAUCCUUCCAUCCCCCUUUCCCACUCAGCAACAAAUAU